AUGGAUUCUCAAACCCUAGACUCCACCCAGCUAUUCCUCACCGCCCUCAAAGCCCUCCAACCCCAACCCCCUCCACCACCAUCCACCUCUCUCUCCCCACUCCCCUCCUCACUCCCUAACUCCAAACUCAUCCCCCACACCCGCUUCCUCGUCGACGCCUUCCGCUACGCCGGCCCCCACUCCCACUCCUACUUCCUCUCCCACUUCCAUUCCGACCACUAUACCGGCCUCUCUUCCUCUUGGUCUCGCGGCAUCAUCUUCUGCUCUGCCAUCACCGCCUCUCUACUCCGCCACGUCCUUCGCGUCCCCUCCGCCCUCGUCGUCCCCCUCCCCCUCCGCCAACCUCUCCGUAUUGACGGCGCCCAAGUCACCCUCCUCGACGCCAACCACUGUCCCGGCGCCGUCCAGUUUCUCUUCGCUCUCCCCUGUGCCGAUGGAACCACCUCUCUCAGGUACGUCCACACCGGCGACUUCCGCUUCUCUAAUUCCAUGGUUUCGGAACCCGCCCUUGCUCCCUUCGUCGGUGCCGAUGCAGUGUUUCUCGACAGCACAUAUUGUGACCCUAAGUUUGUAUUCCCCUCGCAAGAGGAAUCCAUUGAUUACGUUGCCAGUGUUGUGGAGAGGGUUGAGCGUGAGUGUGAUGGUUGUAAUGAUAAAGUUUUGUUUCUUGUUGCUACUUAUGUUAUUGGGAAGGAGAAGAUUUUGCUUGAGCUUGCACGUAGGUUUAAGAGGAAGAUACAUGUUGAUGCUAGGAAGAUGGAGGUUUUGAGGGUUCUUGGGUAUGGGGAGAGUGGUGAGUUUACUGAGAAUGGGUUGGAGAGUAAUAUUCAAGUUGUUGGGUGGAAUGUGUUGGGGGAGACUUGGCCUUACUUUAGGCCUAAUUUUGUUAAGAUGAAGGAGAUUAUGGCUGAGAGAGGGGGGUCCUACUCCAAGGUUGUGGGCUUUGUUCCAACAGGGUGGACCUAUGAGGUGAAGCGCAGUAGGUUUGCAGUGAAGUCCAAGGAUUCAUUUCAGAUUCAUCUUGUGCCCUAUAGUGAGCACUCGAACUAUGAUGAGCUCAGGGAGUAUGUGAAGUUUUUGAAGCCAAAACGGGUUGUUCCGACUGUGGGUUUGGAUGUUGAGAAGUGUGACAGUAAACAUGCUGACAGAAUUAGGAAGCAUUUUGCUGGAUUGGUCGAUGAGACUGCUAAUAAGCAUGAGUUUUUAAGGGGUUUUUGUCGUUCACCGGGUGAAUUGGGUUUCAAGGUUGAGAAGGGUGUUAGUGAUGCUCUGGAACCAGGUAAAAGCGUAGACAAAGAAGUCAUUCCAUUGGAGGAGCCAGAAGGUGGUAAAAGUAUUGAUCCAGAUGUGGCUGAGGGUUUGUCGUCUUUUAUGGGAGAUACUUGUACACAGGAUCCUUCUUUGCUGAAUGAUGAAGAAAAAGAGAAAAUAAUUCAAGAUCUUAGUUGUUGUUUGCCCACAUGGGUCACCCGAAACCAGAUGCUGGAUAUGAUCAGCAUCUCAGGGUGCAAUGUCAUUGAAGCUGUUUCUAAUUUCUAUGAACGUGAAACUGAAUUCCAUGAGCAGGUGAUUUCCUGUCAAACUCCUGUUUCAACAUCCAAUUUCUGCGCAUCAAAUGACACUGAUUCACUUGCAAAACCUAGCCUUAAUAAUACAAACAACACUUGCAAAAAUAUUGACAUUUUCCCAAGUCAAGGCUCUAAAUUAGCUAUCCUGAGGCAUAAAGUACCUAGUCCCAUUUCUCCUGCCAAAAGGAAACGAAGUAGUGACAGUAAGCAAAACAAAAAAGGCAAAGCCACAGCCAAAGUCAAAACAAAAUCUGAACCAAGUGGUUCGAAGCAGUCCACAAUUACAAGAUUCUUCAGUAAAGUAAUACCUGAGAUGUCCGGUGGUACUCAAUCUGAUAAUUCUGAACUAAAGCUUGACCAAAGCUCUAAUGUUGAAGACUUGUUGCCAACUGAUGUUGGACAAACAUACGAUGAUGAAAUUGAUCAAUUUAUGCAGAUAAUAAAUGGGAAUGAGUCAUUAAAAAAACAUGCCAUCACUAUAAUUAAGAAUACUAAAGGAGAUGUCAAUAAGGCAUUGGAUAUAUAUUACUGUAGUCCUGAAAAUUUUAGGGAAAAUGAAUUAUCAGUUCAAGGGGAGAGCAAAAUUGAUAGACCUUUGUUGAAGAAGCCUGCAUCAGAGCAAUUGAGAAUUAUACCUGAUAUUUCUGGGCAGAAAGUGUUAAAGGAUAAUGUUGAUGCUACUCAACUAUCUCUACCACCUGACAAAUACAACCCUAAAGAACAUGCAUGUUGGAGAGAUGGACAGCCUGCACCAUAUUUACAUAUUGCACGAACCUUCAACCUGCUUGAGGGUGAGAGAGGAAAGAUUAAAGCUACUUCAUUGUUAUGCAAUAUGUUCAGAAGCUUGUUGGCUUUAUCUCCAGCAGAUGUGCUUCCUGCUGUGUAUCUAUGCAUAAACAAAAUUGCUCCAGACCAUGAAAAUAAGGAACUAAAUAUUGGUGGAAGUUUAGUCACUGCGGCACUUGAAGAGGCAUGUGGAACAGAUCGUUUGAAAAUAAGGGAGAUGUAUAACAAAUUUGGUGAUCUUGGUGAUGUUGCUCAAGAAUGUCGUCGAACACAGAGAUUGCUUGCACCACCUACACCACUUCUAAUUAAGGAUUUUUUCUCUGCGCUACAAAUGAUUAGGACCAUAGUGAUGCCUGUAUGUGUGUGCAUCAGUGUACAAACAGGCAGUGGAAGCACAUCUCGGAAGAAAGGCAUCAUUGUUCAUCUCAUGCAUUCCUGCCGGGAGAAGGAGAUAAAGUUUGUUGUUCGGACCUUGUUAGUUCAUCAGCAGUCAUAUCAGGCUAGAUUGAGUGACCUUCUCUCUACACAUUACAUUUGGAUAUCUACUGUUCUGAAUGUCAGGAACCUAAGAAUUGGGGCCAUGCUUAGAACUGUUUUACCUGCAUUGGCUCAUGCUGUUGCUAUGAAUUCUGGCUCUACUUUUCACCAAGUAGGAACUGCAGAAAAUUUGAAGGAGAAACUUCAGGUUCUUUCUAUGGAAGUUGUUGAAGCAUAUAACAUACUGCCAAAUUUGGAUCUCAUAGUUCCAUCUCUCAUGAACAAAGGCAUUGAUUUUUCAGUUUCAAGUUUAUCAAUGGUUCCAGGAAUCCCUAUUAGGCCUAUGCUAGCAAACGAGUCUUCACGAAUCCUCUCUUACUUUAUUAACACCCAAUUGCUUCUUUCUUCCUUGUAUUUUCCAUUUCUUCAUAGGAUCACCAAUGGUAUUCCUCAAGCUCUGAAGCUAUUUGAAAAUAAAGCAUUUACAUGUGAAUAUAAGUAUGAUGGUCAGCGGGCUCAAAUUCACAAAUUAGUUGAUGGAUCAAUUCGUGUUUUUUCAAGAAAUGGGGACGAAUCAACUUCAAGAUUUCCUGAUCUGAUUGACAUAAUUAAGGAAUCCAGCAAGCCUGUUGCAUCAACUUUCAUAUUGGAUGCGGAGGUGGUUGGUAUUGACAGGAAAAAUGGAUAUAGGAUUAUGUCUUUCCAGGAGCUAUCUUCACGAGGGAGAGGUGGCAAAGAUGCAUUAGUUACUGCAGAGAGCAUCAAGGUGGAUAUAUGCAUCUUUGUCUUUGAUAUCAUGUUUGCAAAUGAAGAACAGUUAUUGGGUUGUCCUCUGCGCCUAAGACGAAAGUAUCUGAAGGAUUUGUUCUAUGAUGAGAAACCUGGGUAUUUUGAAUAUGCAAAGGAAACAACUAUUGAAGCAGAUGAUGCUUGCUUAACCUGUGAAGCCACAUUAACCAAGAUAAAUGCUUUCCUGGAAGCUGCACUCCACUCUUCAUGUGAAGGAAUUAUGGUGAAAACAUUGGAUAUUGAGGCUGGCUAUUUUCCAUCAAAGCGUUCUGACAAAUGGUUAAAAGUCAAGCGAGAUUAUGUGGAAGGAUUAAAUGAUACUCUUGAUUUAGUACCGAUUGGUGCUUGGCAUGGAAACGGAAGGAAAGCUGGAUGGUAUAGUCCAUUUCUAAUGGCGUGUUUCAAUCCUGAGACAGAGGAGUACCAAAGCGUAUGUCGUGUGAUGUCCGGAUUCUCAGAUUCAUUUUACAUAGAGAUGAAAGAAUUCUUCUCUGAGGACAAAGUCUUGUCCAAAAAACCGCCAUAUUAUCAAACAGGAGAGGCACCAGACAUGUGGUUUUGUCCACAAGUCGUUUGGGAAAUAAAAGGAGCAGACUUUACAGUAUCCCCAGUUCAUCAUGCUGCAAUUGGUUUAGUUCAUCCAUCUCGAGGCAUUUCAAUCAGAUUUCCAAGAUUUAUUUGCUGCGUCUCAGACAGAAACCCAGAAGAAUGUAGCACAGCUUCCGAUAUAGUUGAAAUGUUUCAUUCUCAGACUCGGAAGAUGGAUGUCACGGCUAAAGAUGUAGAAAUUUUAAAGGCAGAUCUCUUGGCUUGUCGGACUCUUGGUAGACCACAAAGGAGUUACCCUAUCCCACUUAAGUCGUGCUAG